AUGUGUUUCCUGUCCUGGGAGGGUGGGGGGUGCCCACAGACUUUUAUCACAGCAACACGACUUAAAGUUUCAGACUCAAGACAGUAAAGUUCAGUUGUUGUUGCUGAGAGGAGAAAUGGCACAAAAAGGAAAUAAGCUGGAUCAGGAACCUGUUUCCUGUUCUAUCUGUGUGGAUUUGCUGAAGGAUCCGGUGACCAUUCCCUGUGGACACAGCUACUGCAUGAGCUGUGUUAAAACUCACUGGGAUGGAGAAGAUCAGAGGAGGAUCUACAGUUGUCCUCAGUGUAGUCAGACCUUCAGACCCAGACCUGUUCUGGUGAGGAGACAACAAAUCCAGCAGAGAAUCCAGGAGCGACAGAAAGACGUGGAGCUGCUUCAGCAGGAGGUGGAGGACAUCAAUGUCUCUGCUGAUAAAACAGUGGAGGACAGUGAGGAGAUCUUCGCUCAGCUGAUCCGUCUGAUGCAGGAAAGAAGCUCUGAUGUGAAGCAGCAGGUCAGAUCCCAGCAGGAAACUGAAGUGAGGCGAGUCAAAGAGCUUCAGGAGAAGCUGGAGCAGGAGAUCACUGAGCUGACGAGGAAAGACGCCGAGCUGGAGCAGCUCUCACACACAGAGGAUCACAAGCAGUUUCUACACAACUACCCCUCAGUGUCAGCACUCAGUGGGUCUCCACACUCAUCCAGUAUCAGGGUUCGUCCUCGGAGACACUUUGAGGACGUGACAGCAGCUGUGUCAGAGCUCAGAGACGUUCUACAGGACGUGCUGAGGGACAGAGGGACAAACGUCUCACUGAGAGGGACUGCAGUGGGUGGUCUACUGCCAGAACCAGAACCAAAGACCAGAGCAGACUUCCUGGAAUAUUCACGAGAAAUCACUCUGGAUCCAAACUCGGCUCACAGAAGGCUGCUGUUAUCUGAUGGGAACAGAAAAGCUACGUUAAUGGAAGAAGAUCAGAUUAAUUCUGAUCAUCCAGACAGAUUUUCUUACUAUGAUCAGGUUCUGAGCAGAGAGAGUCUGACUGGACGUUGUUACUGGGAGGUGGAGAUAAGAGCAGGAGAAGAGGUGCGUAUCGUGGUCUCGUACCAGAACAUCAGAAGAGACGGGCACUCUGAUGAGUGCAGAUUUGGUUUCAAUGAUAAAUCCUGGGCGUUGGACUGUUUUACACAUGAUCUACACUCAUUCUGGCACAACAAGCUCGAAACUCCCAUUUUAGGCGUUUUAACCUUUAAAAUCGGAGUGUAUCUGGAUCACGGAGCAGGAAUUCUGUGUUUCUACAGCAUCUCUGAAACCAUGACUCUCCUCCACAGAGUCCAGACCACGUUCACUCAACCGCUACACGCUGGAGUCCGCUUCUAUGGGUUUGGAGACUCAGCUGAGUUCAUCAGACUAAAAUAAACUCAAGUCAGCAGCUUCCUGUUUGUGCUCAGACAUGGAGGCUGCCGCUGCUCAGGAGGACUUUUAUUUUCACUGAUCUGCUUCACUAAAUAAUAUUCAGAUGGAGACUAAUCAGCACAACUGUCAACAGCCGUCCUUUAAAAGGUCAUAUUCUGAGUGGAUGAUUGAAUUUAUAAACAUGAAUAUUCAUAACUAAAUAUGGUCACAGCUGAUUUUGUGGUUUGAGUUUUUUGGUCCUUAACCAUUUAAAGCUAAAUACGUCACAGCUGGUACACAGUCUUGUUUUUCUUACGCCUCUGUCUCUCUAACAGCAUUAGUACAUUCCUCAAACCUCUCAGCUGAAUUCUGUAUUUCUGCCUCCUGGUGGACAAUAUAAGUACUGCACAAGAUUAGUGCCAAUGCUCUUUUGUUUUCACUGUUUCCUUAAUUCUAUGUUUACCGAAUAAAGUAUUUAAUGAAGGCUGUAAUGAAAACACAAAUUUUCAGUAACUUAAGUUUUGAUGAUUUCUUUUAGGCUAAUUCAUGUUGCUUUAAAAUUAAACAGCAUUUUUAUUGAA